GCUUCUGGGUAGCGGUUAACCCCCGCCCCUGGCGCGGGCGUCUUCCUUUCGCUUCCUGACGCCGCCGAGGUCGCACGCUUCAGCCCGCCGGUCGCCGCCAGCAUGCGCUACGUCGCCUCCUACCUUCUGGCCGCCCUCGGGGGCAACUCCUCCCCCAGCGCCAAGGACAUUAAGAAGAUCCUGGACAGCGUGGGCAUCGAGGCGGACGAUGACCGGCUGAACAAGGUGAUCAGUGAGCUGAAUGGGAAGAACAUUGAGGAUGUCAUCGCCCAGGGUGUUGGCAAGCUUGCCAGUGUGCCUGCUGGUGGGGCUGUUGUUGCUUCUGCUGCGCCCGGCUCUGCAGCUCCUGCUGCUGGUUCUGCCCCUGCUGCAGCAGAAGAGAAGAAAGAUGAGAAGAAAGAAGAGUCCGAGGAAUCAGAUGAUGAUAUGGGAUUUGGCUUGUUUGAUUAAAUUCCUGGUUCCCUGCAAAUAAAGCCUUUUUAUGUA